UGUUUUAUAUAUGUCCUGUAGUUGAUCCCUAUGUUCCCAAGGAAAAGGAGUUUUUAUUGCAAAAAAAUAGGAUUAUAGACCAUUGAUUUUGUGAAAUACAUGGAUAUGUAAAUGGAAACAAUGUCGGCUUUCAAGGACUGCACAGUAAGCAAAUAUUUCCAGGUUUUAUACACUCAGAGGUAUAGAAGAAAUAUACUGGCCUCCAGAAAAAGGGAAAACCUUAGAAAUCGAAAUACAUGUCACAUGCAUUGUCUCGAGUAGUAGAUUUACUUUUAAGGAAAAUCUCCCUCCUCCUUGGUCUCUAGAGAUUUGGGUGCUAAGAAAAAUCUGUUCUCCAAUUCAGGGUUGUAAGAAACCCUCCGCAGCAAAAGCAUUGUUGACUUCUAAUGAAGCAGAGAGACAUAUCUAGCUUUGAAAUAGAGGUUGCCAAAUGGUAUUCCCAGUGACACAUGGGAGACUGGAGGAAAGGGUCCCCACAGAAAUUCAUCAGUGUGGGGAGAGCUGGUUAAUAGGUAGGCCAUAGAAUUUUCCAGUGACAUCACCAGUAAGCUGUUCACUGGACACUCUAUUGUAUCUAAGAGAUCCCUAGAAUCUUCUGUGAUGUCACCAGUGUUGUGGUGACACCAACUGCCUUUGGGAUAUUACUUCAGUUCCCUUUGGGUUCACAAGCAGGCAUGUUUCGCCAGCUGCUCAGGCUAUUUCGGAAGGAAAGUGUUGAUCAAGGAGAGACCGCACCAGGUCAGAGGGAAGCUGACCCCCUCUCUAGUGAAACAGGAAGGAGGAAAUCAUUCUGGGGAAGGCUUGGUUUUGGUAGGAAGGCAUCAUCCCAAAAUGUCAUCAGUAAGCAAGAGGAGUGUCUAAAGGAACUGGAGGAACUCAAAUUUGAAAUCCAGAAGUGUCAAUUCGAGAGGGAUGAACUUUAUCAAAUCCUGGAUCUUUAUAUCUAUGAUGAGUGGGACCACAGGCUGCAUGUCGAAUUGCCAGUCCUUCAAUCUGAACACGAGAUGAGAAUGAUGGCUAUGCAAAUGAUGACCAACUCAAUAAGUGAUGCCAUGGAGAGGUACAAGGAGCUCAUACAAGUGAACAGUUCCUACCGCAUCAGGCACUCCCAGCUCCUGCGUGAACAAGCUCAAUUGAAGAACAAUACACAGAUUUUGCUGAAUGAGAAGAGAGAACUGCUGGUGGAGCAGACUGAACUGCCAGCAUCCUCUGUGGAGACAAAGAGGCUCUGUGAAGAGGCCGGAAUGAACAUCUGUGACCCCAGAGCCAAGCAUCAGCAGUGAUCUCUCCGGAAAGAUCUGAGGACAUUUUCUCUUCUGUCCUCUCACAAACUGCUUUGCACUAGCCAUAGACUUACAGGGGUGCUGUUCUGUUUCUACAUCACAAUCACCUUUAAUGUCCAUGUGUACACUGGGAAGAUUUGCAUGGAGCACAUUCUCAGUGAUUACAAGAUCUGUGCGGUGAGCAUGAAUUUGAAGGGAGAUGGCUUCUCUGUGUAUUUGCAGAUUCAGUGGUUACAAAUGGAAACUAGACGGGUUCCUUCAGUGCUGACAUAAUCAGAAAUUUCACCUCAAUUCUGGGCAUGUUCUCCAGAAGGAAUCCACAUGGUAUUCUAGGUUGCUCAUACCUCUCUUGAACUCAGAUUCAGACAUAGCUACAAUGUUAUUAUUCAAUGUCAUAUACCUGGACCAGUGGGAAAAAUGCUCAUUUUUCUCUUAAUCCCAGUACAGUGCAUAGUCCACAGUUCAAAUUCUAGCCGUUUGAAAGGUGAGAUAUAAAUCCAAGCACAUUUACUCUAGGACACUUGGGGAUGCAGGGACUGACCUCAGCUGACAGGUCAUGCUGGAUUGUCCAACUGAAUAGAGCUGAUGUAAGAGGGAGAGCUGAAUUGACAACCACUCACUAAAUCUUUAUUCCCUUGCUCUGCUAGGUCUGAAAUUCUCCAGCAGAAACUCGAACAUGACACAGUCCAGGACAAGAUCUCCCUUGGAGAGAAGAACUACAGGAGGAGAACUAAGUGUGCACAGCAAAUACACCACUAUAACAUCUCAUCUGUAAUGUCCAUAGCAAUUGUGGACUGCAUUUUCCUCCUUUAGUUUGAUUUCUUUGGAUUGAAUACGCUGUAUUUUCAACUUGCCUCUCUCCAGCAAGUGUGCACUUUUUGAGGGACUCAGAGAAGUGCUGAUGCACAUAAAUCAAGAGCUGCUGGUCAUCCAGAAAGACUGUGCACCUGUAAAUUUGUACUUGUCCUGAUGGGUCACCCAGAAGAGUUUCAUGGAGAUCAGUUCACAAUAUUGGAAAGACUUUGUGACAAAGUCUGUAAUAUCAUUUAUACUCAGUAUUGGAUGGCUUUUUCCUUAAUACCCCCACUCCAACAAAACAGACCUACUUCCACUCCUCUUGAAAAGAUUAUUACCAUCACUAACUGCUUGUCUACUAUGUCUCCAAGGCAAGCCACAGGCUAUAAGUCUAUUCUGCAAAAGGAGCAGCAAAAAAUGCUUAGUGCAAUUCCUCUAUUUAAAGUUUGGUUAAUUUUUAAUUGUUUUGGUUAUUUGGUUUUCCUUCUAUUCAUUUGAAGAUUUGUUAUUUAUCUGUUGUUGUUUUCUUCAUUUGCUUUUCUAUUUUGAUAAGGAUAUAGACUGUAUAUAUUGACUACCUGCAUCUGGUUACUAUCAAGUAAAUUGGAUGUAUUCUGGUCAAUAAAGGAGUAAUCUCAAA